AGCUGUGUGGUUUAUAUUGCAAGAUAAGCUAUGAGUCCAACGGAAAAAUCACAGACAGGCUCUGAGAUAAUUAAAUCACAUUAUUUAACCAACGAGAUGUAUGUUACAUAACAAUAAACACUGCACAAUGCAACAUAGUGAAGUCUUCUCCUUCUUCUUUCAAAUGGCGCUUCUUUCAGUUGGUAUAUGUCAGUCGUAUGACAGUUGUGAAAGAAAGAUAUUUAAAGGUGCUGGUUUGUUAAAAUGCAAUAACCUGGGAUGGAGGGUGUUGCCUCCAAAAAUACCAAGUGAUGUAUCUGUUUUAAUGAUCACAAAUCAGAUACUGGAAACCAUUGACUAUCUUUCGUUGAAAUCAAACACGUUGACAAAUCUUCGAUUGUCAGGUUGUCAAAUUCGUCGCUUGACAUCUAAUCAAUUUUCUGGCUUACCAAACUUAGGAGCAGUAGAUCUAAGCAACAACACCCUAACAGGUCUUCCUGAAAGUGUAUUUAAUCCUUGCAAGGAACUGCGAUUUCUAAACUUAUCAAGAAAUGCCAUACAUGUAAUGGAUGAAAAGGUUUUUGUGGAAAACAAAAAUCUGGUUGUUUUAGAUUUUUCUAGAAACUAUCUAACGCAUUUAAACAACAACACAUUUAAAAGCCUCGUGAAGCUCCAGUAUAUAGAUCUAUCAUACAACAAGUUGCGUGCAAUUGGUGAUCAUGCGUUAGCAGGACUUCCAAAGUUAACAAGUUUACAUUUAUCGCAUAACGAACUUGAAAAAUUGCCAUCAACCUUUGUUCAUUACGUGUCAAAAUUAGUGGUACUGCAUUUAGAUUACAACAACCUCACAACCUUUCCAUGGUUGGAUUAUAUGGAACUUUCAAAGUCUGUUUUACUGGUAUUAAAUCUACACAGUAACCAAAUAACGAACGUUCCUUUAGUGUUUGUACAAAACGUUCCUUUGAUUGAAUUUUCAAUAGGAGAGAACCCGUUAAUAUGCGACUGUUCGAUGGACUGGAUCAGGCAGGUUGAACGGAAAGCGUCCAACUCAUUUCAAGCAACCCUACAAGUGAACAUGAUCAAAUAUUAUCAACCAGACAAAAAAACGGUGAAGUGCGCUGGACCUGGAAUCUACAGCGAUGGUUAUCCAUGGGAUUUCGAAACACUCUGUGAUAUCGAUGAAUGCAAAGUCAAGUUGCAUCCAUGUGCAGCUCAUUCCACCUGUUACAACACAGCCGGUGAUUAUGAAUGUAAAUGUAAUGUUGGUUUCUAUGGUUACGGAAAGAUAAAAUGCACAGAUGUGAAUGAAUGUGAGGUUCACUCAGCACCCAAUAUAGAAAUGUUAUGCAGCAAAAAUGCGAAUUGUGUAAACACGUUCGGUAGUUAUGAUUGUAAAUGUAAGAAAGGAUUUGUUGGAGAUGGUUUUGUUUGUGACGAUAUCAACGAAUGUAGUGAUAAUAAGCUAUCAGAGUGUCCAGCUGGAGCACAAUGUGUUAACACAAUCGGAAGUUAUGUCUGCAGGUGUGAACCAGGUUAUCAUAUUCAAAAUGGCGAAUGUAGAGACAUUGACGAAUGUUUAGAAGAUCAUAGUUGUGAAAAGAAAUGCUACAACACAAUGGGUUCAUACUUAUGCAACUGCAAGGCUGGCUACAGAUACGCAGUUGAUGGAGAAUGUUACGAUAUCAAUGAAUGCUUAAUCAAAGACAUGUGUCAUACCAAUGCAGGAUGCAUCAAUACAGAGGGUAGUUAUAUAUGCAGGUGUAAGCGUGGUUUUCUUGGAGAUGGACGAAAAUGUAAAGAUGUAAAUGAAUGCUACAUUGGGUUACACCGUUGCCAUCCAAAUGCUUCGUGUACAAACACGAUUGGUAGUCACAAGUGUUCAUGUAAAGUUGGCUACAUAGGUGAUGGGGUAUACAAAUGCAUGCCGGAACAUGACGUGGUUUUGCAAGAGGUUAAAAAGAAAAUCACGACAAAUACUCCAUUUGUGUACAAUCAAAACAGUCAGCAAGGGCUGGUAAACACUUUAGGAGGUGUUAUUGGACUUCUUGUGCUGAUUGCAAUUAUUUUAACCAUAUACAUCACAAAGCCGAAGUUUUUGUCUACAUCAAAGUUAAAAGAAAAAAAAUGGUGUGCUAACAAGUCUAGGAAGAGCGUAGUAGAUGUUAAAACCACUGUAAAUGAGAAUGUAAAAAGUAAUAUUAAAGAGGGCUAAUGAGAUUUUUUUUUUUUUUUUUAGAUAGCAUUUGUUGCCAAAAAACUUAUAUGUGGAUUUUAAUUUGGCGUAGUUAAGGAUACGCGAAAUCUUUAUUAUUCGUGUUAAAAAUUUCUAUGUUCGUUGAAAUUUUUUUGUCUGUAAAAUGUUAAUAGUUUUCAAACUAAAAUAACCGAACAAAAUGUUGUAUUUAUUGUAUGUAUUUUAAAAAUUAUUUGUUUUCGAACGAAUUUUACUUUUUUGAGAAAAUAAAUAUGUAAACAGAAAUAUUUUUUA